UUGAUUUCUUACCUAAUUUCUUCAUAGUUGAAAUUUUGUUUUUGUUUCACAGAAAUUCUGGAUGUUAUGCGGCUUAAAAGAGAUAAACACGUAAAGCAACUAGCACAUAGUAUGCAGCAUUGCUAGUUCUUGGUAAAAAGUCACUAUAUUUCUUAGAUCCUAGUUUGUCAUAUACCUGGAACUUUUAGAAUAUCACUUUUUCCGUUUCCUUUCCUUAUGUAAUAAUUACACCAUUAUAAUAUGUAUUAUCUUGAUGCCAGGGAGGCUCAUUGUGAAUUAGUUUGACUAAAGGCAUCACAACAAAAAUCUACCUCAAGGCUCAAAUAAUGUUCAAACAACUGACAAAGAGGCAAACCAUAACUUGAAAAGUCUUCACAAUUUUUUUUGUUUUUUGACACAGAGUCCCGCUUUGUCACCCUCAGUAGAGUGCUAUGGUGUCACAGCUCACAGCAACCUCAAACUCUUUGGCUUAAGCGAUUCUCUUGCGUCCCAAGUAGCUGGGACUGCAGGCGCCCAUCACAAACACUGGCUAUUCUUUUUUUUUUUUUUAAGAGACAAAGUCUCACUUUGUCACCCUGGGUAGAGUGCUGUGACAUCACAGCUCAUAGCAGCCUCCAGCUUUUGGGCUUAGGCGAUUCUCUUGCCUCAGUCUCCCGAGCAGCCGGGACUACAGGCGUCCGUCACAGCACCUGACUAUUUUUGUUGUUGUUGUUGUUGCAGUUUGGCUGAGGCCGGGUUUGAUCCUGCCACCCUUGGUAUAUGGAACCGGCGCCCUACUCACUGAGCCACAAGCCCGCCCAAAGGGCUAUUUUUUUGUUGUAGUUGUCCUUGUUUAGCAGGCCUGGGCUGGGUUUGAACCCACCAGCCCCACUGUAUGUGGCUGGCUCCCUAACUACUUAGCUACAGGUGCUGAGCCCAGUUUUUACAAUUCGGAGAAUUCUAUUUAUGAGAAGAGGGCUCAGAAAGGAUUUCUGUGAUGGCAACACUUUGUUUGUUUUGAGACAGUGUCUUACUUUGUUGCCCACAGUGGAGUGUAGUGGCAUCAUAGCUCACGGCAACCUCAAGCUCUUCGGCUCAAGCAAUUCUCUUGCCUCAGCCUCCCAAGUAGCUGGGACUACAGGUGCCGGCCACAACCCCCAGCUAUUUUUUGGUCCGCACUGGAUUCGGACCUGCCAGGUCCGGUGUAUGUGUUUGGUGUCCUAGCUGCCUGAACUACAGGUGCUGAGCUAGAACCACUGCUUUAAAUGAUCACUUGGCACCAACAUGAGCAUAAGCACAAGGAGACACAGAAAACCCACAGUAUUGGCUUGGUGCCGGCCACAUGCACGGGGGCUGGCGGGUUUGAUGUUUAGCUAGCCAGGGCCAGCUAAACAAGGACAACUGCAACAAAAAAUAGCCAGGCGAUGUGGCGGGUGCCUGUGGUCCAGCUGCUUGGAAGGCUGAGGCAAGAGAAUUGCUUAUGCCCAAGGGUUUGCGGUUGCUGUGAGCUGUGACUCCACAGCAUUCUACGAGGGUGACAUAGUGAGACUCUGUCUCAAAAAAAAAACAAAAAACGAAAACCCACAGAAUUGUUAGGUGAUCAUUCAAAAAAAAGAUCAUUCAGAAGAUCCAGGAAGUACUGAUGAUCAUUUAAAAAAAAUUUAUAAUUGAGGGCGGCGCCUGUGGCUCAGUGAGUAGGACACCGGCUCCAUAUACCGAGGGUAGCGGGUUCAAACCCAGCCCCAGCCAAAACUGCAAACAAAAAAUAGCCAGAUGUUGUGGCGGGCACCUGUAGUCCCAGCUACUCGGGAGGCUGAGGCAAGAGAAUCGCAUAAGCCCAAGAGCUGGAAGUUGGUGUGAGCCUUGUGAAGCCAUGGCACUCUACCGAUGGUAGUAAAGUGAGACUCUGUCUCUACAAAAAAAAAAAAAAAAUUGUAAUUGAAAUUGGAAGAAAACUGAAACAUCUUCUGAUGCAUAAAAAGAUCUCAAAAAAAAAAGAAAACUAAAACAUCUUCUGAAAAAAUUGUGUCCUUCUUUCUUUAAUAAACAGUAUUACAAAUCUUAGUCCUUAAAAGGAUCAUUGAAGACUAAGGUUUUUCAAUGGGAAAGCAAUCUGCUCACAGGGCCAUUACUCCUAAGUAGCUGAACUAGGGCCAGAGGUGCAGAAAAUCUCAUUCCAGGGGCUUUCAACAUACAGGCCUCACCCUGAAAUACAACCAGUCCCCGAGUUACAAACAUCUGACUUACGUUCUACUUGCACUUAUAUGAAUGGAAUUUAUUAUAGGUAAUAGGUAAAUAAUCUGUACCUGUUCCAACUUAAGUACAGAUUCAAUUUAAGAACAAACCUUUAGAACGUAUCUUGUUGGUAAUCGGGGGAAUGUCUGUACACUGCAUUGGAGCUACCUUCAUGAACGAAGAAAAUCUAGAUUUACACUGUAUGAUUCCAAGGACUGUAACUAGAUAUAGAAGAAGUCAAUUCCAGGGGCGGCACCUGUGGCUCAGUGGGUAGGGUGCCCACCCCAUAUACCAAGGGUUGGUGGUUCGAACCCUGCCGGCCCAACUGCAACAAUACAAAAAAAUAGCUGGGCGUUGUGGCAGGUGCCUGUAGUCCCAGCUACUCAGGAGGCUGAAGCAAGAGAAUUGCUUAAGCCCAAGAGUUGGAGGUUGCUGUGAGCUGUGACGGUACAGCACUCUACUGAGGACGAUAAAGUGAGACUCUGUCUCUUUAAAAAAAAAAAACAAAACUCAAUUCCAGCUCAGCAUAUGAAGGAAGAUGUUCAAGUAUUAUGUCAAAGCUCAGUUUCACGUUAUAAACACACAUGAUAGAAAGCAACAGUAAAAAGUUCGGUGGGCAAGGCUUCCAAACAAAUGAUAAAUUCGCUGCCAGUAUCUGCUAAUGUAGACAAUCUUAAGCAAUUUUUGCAUCAGUUACCAAUGGGACUCUACUCAGAAACAGAAUUCUCUCCAGCACGAAGUAGUCAUAAUCAGCCUUGGAGCUGUGCGGGUGCCUUUCGUAUCAGCAGGGUCGGCCCAGCCCGAGAACGCUAGUCCCAAAGAACAGGUCAUCACAAGUUCUGCCACCGCAUCCCCCUACAAGCGCAGCGGUCUCCAGGAGGAAACUACAACUCCCAUCCGACAACGCGAGCACAAAUAGGCGGGCGCUAGUCGCGCGUGGGCGGCUCUGACCAAUAACGACUGUCGUUACAGAGAACAGUUUGGCCGUGUUUGUAAAAGGCCGCGCCAGGCGAAGAGAGAAGAGACUGCCAAGACCUCUAGUUAGGGCAGUGGGAAUCUUCUCUGACUGUGGAACAUUGGGCAGGAGGUUUGCCAUUGGUUGGUCCAGGAGGAGGAAGCAGAACAUUUGCAUUGUUACACCACAGUGUUCAAACUUCAGAAGACUGCUGGCUAAGUGGUGUCAUUUACUGUGCAAGUGAUUAUGUCUUUCCCUGUCCUCUCUGAUCAUCAGAAACUAAUGAAACACCUUUUAGGUUUGAUGAAUUCAGGUCAGAUGCCCUGGCAACUGGUACAGGUAGGAUUUUACUGGGUUUUGUGGGGGAUGGUGAAAGGGAAAGAACUCAUCUUUCCUGUUCUCCCAUCCUUACUGAGGUUAAACAUCUGUGCUUAUAAAGAUUAGGUUAACUAACCUUGGCUGUUGUAUACAACAGACUGGAGAAAUGCUUUUCUUGUUAUGUUAGGUUUGUUUUUUUUUUAAUAUAUAGAGAUAUGAAAGGAAAAGUUUCUUUCAUUUUUUGUUUUGUUUGAGGGUUUAAAGUUAUGGGGUUUGUUUCUUUUGAGACAAAGUCUUACUCUGUUGCUCUCCACAGAGUGCUGUGGCAUCAUAGCUCACAGCAACCUCAAACUCUUGGGCACAAGCGAUUCUCUUGCCUUAGCCUCCCAAGUAGCUUGGACUACAGGUGCCCACAACAAAACCCCGCUAUUUUUAGAGACUGGGUCUUACUCUGGUUCAGGUUGGUCUUGAACUCCUGAGCUCAAGCAAUCCAACCGCCUCAGCCUCCCAGAGUACUAGGAUUACAGGCGUGAGCCACUGCACCCAGCUAAAUUUAUCUUGUCAUAUAGUACUGUUUGAAAAUGGUGGAUAACUUCUUUAUGUUUCACUUACUGUACUAAGUAUCAUAAGUGAUUUGAACUUUGUGUAUGUCUACUUUGUUUGAAUGUCUACUCAUGCUGAUGAGCUUAUUACCUGUUAUAGGGCCUGUGAAAAAUGGAACCAAACUCUCUGAGGACUAAAGUCCCAGCUUUCUUAUCUGAUUUGGGAAAGGCCACAUUGAGGGGAAUCAGAAAGUGUCCCCGAUGUGGCACAUACAAUGGAACCCGGGGACUGAGCUGUAAGAACAAGACUUGUGGAACCAUAUUCCGCUAUGGUGCACGGAAGCAGCCUAGUGUUGAGGCUGUCAAAAUCAUCACAGGCUCCGAUCUGCAGGUCUACUCUGUGCGACAAAGAGAUAGGGGCCCUGAUUACCGAUGCUUUGUGGAGCUGGGGGUUUCAGAGACAACGAUCCAGACUGUGGAUGGGACCAUCAUCACUCAGCUGAGCUCUGGGCGGUGCUAUGUCCCCUCAUGCCUAAAAGCUGCCACCCAAGGUGUUGUGGAAAACCAGUGCCAGCACAUCAAGCUGGCCUUGAACUGUCAGGCAGAGGCCACGCCACUGACGGUAAAGAGCUCGGUCCUGAAUGCAAUGCAGGCUUCCCCCGAAACCAAACAGACCAUCUGGCAGUUGGCCACAGAACCCACGGGCCCCCUGGUACAGAGGAUUACUAAAAACAUCUUGGUGGUAAAAUGCAAGGCAAGCCAGAAGCAUAGUUUGGGGUAUCUGCAUACAUCUUUUGUGCAGAAAAUCAGUGCCAAAAGCUUGCCUGAGCGCCGUUUCUUCUGCUCCUGUCAGACUCUGAAAUCGUACAAGGUGAAUGCCUCCAAGGAUGAAGCAGCCCAGAGAUGUAUUCAUUUCUUUGCUUGCAUCUGUGCCUUUGCCAGUGAUGAGACAUUGGCUCAGGAAUUCUCAGACUUCCUAAAUUUUGACUCCAGCGGUCUUAAAGAGAUUAUUGUGCCCCAGUUAGGCUGCCAUUCAGAACCAACAGUAUCAGCUUGUGAAUCUACGGCCUCUAAGCCAAAGAAGAGGAAAAAGGAUGAAGUAUCUGGUGCACAGAUGAACAGUUCACUAUUGCGUCAAGAUGCAGUGAACAGUAAUCUAAGGAAAAGUGGCCUGAAAAAGCCUGUGGUUGCUUCUUCAUUAAAAAGGCAGGCCUGUGGUCAGCUACUAGAUGAGGGACAAGUGACCUUAUCUUUCCAGGACUGGCUGGCUAGCGUCACAGAACGCAUCCAUCAAACCAUGCACUAUCAGUUUGAUGGCAAACCAGAGCCACUGGUGUUCCAUAUCCCUCAAUCCUUUUUUGAUGCCCUGCAACAGAGGAUAUCGAUAGGAAGUGCGAAAAAACGGCUUCCCAACUCUACCACAGCUUUUGUUCGGAAAGAUGCCUUGCCACUGGGAACAUUUUCCAAGUAUACCUGGCAUAUCACUAAUAUCCUACAAGUUAAACAAAUCUUAGAUACCCCAGAGAUGCCCUUGGAAAUCACUCGUAGCUUUAUCCAGAACCGAGAUGGGACUUAUGAGCUGUUUAAAUGCCCUAAAGUGGAAGUAGAGAGCAUAGCAGAAACCUAUGGGCGUAUAGAAAAACAACCAGUGCUUCGACCCUUGGAACUAAAAACUUUUCUGAAAGUUGGCAACACUUCCCCAGAUCAAAAGGAGCCAACACCUUUCAUCAUCGAGUGGAUCCCAGAUAUCCUUCCCCAGUCCAAGAUUGGCGAGUUGCGGAUCAAGUUUGAAUAUGGUCAUCACCGGAAUGGGCAUGUGGCAGAGUACCACGACCAGCAACCUCCUCUGGACCAGCCCUUGGAACUGGCCCCUCUGACCACCAUCACUUUCCCUUGAGGCAAAAUAAGAAAAUCUUUUAAUUGCUGAAUUUGCACAUCCCCACCCCUUGAAAACUUUAAAUACUAGUUAGGCACUUACCUAUCUGCCUUUGUUCCUUAGUAAACUUCUCUUAGCUAAGAUACAAUUUCUCAACACUUUCAAGUAGAUUCUGUUGAAGAAAAAACUCUUCUUGUAAAUGGCCUUUCUGGUGCUGCUGUGUACAGUCUUCAUUAUACAUUGGGCAGUAUUUUUGAAAGGAACAAAAAGAAAACAAGCUCAUUUCCCUUCUUAAGGAUUCACCUUCAGAAUGUUUCAGCCUUUGUCUAAUCUCUAAGAAGUUAGGACCACUUAGCUUUACGCCAGCAGUGUUGGAAAGUUAAUUAUACCUUGGUUAGGGCAGAAUGUUAAGGACUAUCCAGGCAGAGUUCUAGCCCUGCUCUUUAUUCUGUUCUCAAAUAAAGCACAGUGUCAUUAGUUUUUCC